CCCCCCCCCCCCCCAACAAGUGACAGCAAGCCUAAAACGUGACUAAAACAACAGUUUGAGUGAAAACCAGCCUAAUGGGGAAGAAAAGUUACCAUCGUUCCCUCCCACCCUCCAUCUAUCAACUCCUUCCUCCUCGAGUCCUGGAUCAGAACCAUCAGAGCGCCGACGUGGACCACCGAGGAACACCUCGAGCUGCGCUGUCUUUCACCCUCUGGAGCUUUACUCACCAAAUAUUCUCACUUUUACCUGCAGCAGCAUGCGAGAGUGCAUCUCCAUCCAUGUGGGCCAGGCAGGUGUCCAGACUGGAAAUGCAUGCUGGGAGCUCCUCUGUCUGGAGCAUGGAGUCGGCCCUGAUGGCGUUUUCCUGGAAGGUCCCACUGAACCAAAUUCUCGCCAAGAUCCAUUCAACACUUUCUUCAACACUGGAAGCUUUGGCCGUCAUGUUCCAAGAGCUCUGUACGUGGACCUGGAGCCCUCCGUCAUCGAUGAAGUGAGAGUGGGGAGGUAUAGAGGGCUGUUCCACCCUGAGCAGCUGGUCUCUGGGAAAGAGGAUGCAGCCAACAACUACGCCCGCGGCCAUUACACCGUGGGGAAAGAGUUCAUCGAUGGAGUCAUGGAGCGAGUUCGUAAAAUGGUAGAUCAGUGUACUGGUCUACAGGGGUUCCUAGUCUUUCACAGCUUCGGAGGAGGCACCGGCUCUGGCUUCACCUCUCUCCUUAUGGAGCGCCUCUCCUUAGACUAUGGCAAGAAAUCCAAGUUGGAGUUUGCGGUCUACCCAGCUCCACGAGUGUCCACAGCAGUGGUGGAGCCUUACAAUGCUGUCCUGACCACCCACACCACCCUAGAGCACUCUGACUGCGCCUUCAUGGUGGACAAUGAGGCCAUCUACGACAUCUGUCGCCGCAACAUGAACAUUGAGACUCCUGGUUACAUCAACCUCAACAGACUGAUUGGUCAGAUCGUUUCCUCCAUCACUGCCUCGCUGCGUUUUGAUGGCGCCCUAAAUGUUGACCUGACGGAGUUCCAGACCAACCUGGUCCCGUUCCCUCGUGUCCACUUCCCUCUUGUUACCUACUCGCCCAUCAUCUCUGCUGAGAAGGCCUACCACGAACAGCUGACCGUGUCUGACAUCACCAGUGCUUGCUUUGAACCGACCAAUCAGAUGGUGAAGUGUGACCCCCAGCGUGGAAAGUACAUGGCGUGCUGCGUACUCUACAGAGGCGACGUCCUCCCAAAGGACGUCAAUGCUGCCAUAGCCAGUAUAAAGACGCGACGCUCCAUCCAGUUUGUGGACUGGUGUCCUACUGGAUUCAAGGUUGGCAUUAAUUACCAACCUCCAACCGCCGUUCCUGGUGGAGACCUGGCCAAAGUCCAGAGAGCUGUGUGCAUGCUGAGCAACACCACAGCUAUUGCUGAGGCCUGGUCUCGUCUGGACCACAAGUUUGAUCUGAUGUAUGCCAAGCGAGCAUUCGUCCACUGGUAUGUGGGUGAAGGCAUGGAGGAGGGGGAGUUUGCAGAGGCCAGAGAAGACCUAGCCUGUCUGGAAAAGGAUUACGAGGAGCUUGGACGAGUGAGCUAUGAUUCUGAAAAUGAUGAUGAAAUCUGAAUCUUGUGAGGUCUUUGGAGUUAUUUUAUCAUGAUUUCAUCUUUGUUUUUCACGCUGGAGCCAAUCAGAGUGAGGCUGUUUCUCUCAGCCUCUUUUUAAUGCCAGAUUUAGUUUGGAAAUGAACUUUAAGCUAGAUUUGGAUUAGACUUUGAAAUAAACUUUGUCCUGGUGUUUUCUGUAUGACGCAUCAUAGACACAUAAUGACCUUUUAUAGUUUGUUUUUGUUUUAUUUGUGAAUUUGGUACAUGUACACAAAUCAACAUCUCACCACAUCCACCAGACACAUCACUCUACUUAACCUUGGGAAAAACGCGCAUGAAUGAAUUAAAAUCAUUUAUUACAACAUAAAAGGGCUGGGCAAUAAAUCAAUUCAAUUCAAAGAUACUUUAUUAAUCCCAGAGGGAAAUUAAAAGGCCUAAAAUCAAUAUCACGGUGUGUUUAGGAGUUCACCUCGACAACGAUAAAUGGACAAUAACUACAUGUAUGCACAAAAACAAAAGUUGUCCACUAGAUGGGGCUGUCACACGUAUUACGUUGAAUCAGUUUGAGUCAGUUGAGUCAAGUUGUCAUGUGACUCCUGGUGGUACAGCUUCCUAAAGAGACAGGAAGUGACCAACACACAUCUUUCCUUUUUUUUUUAUUACUGAAUUCAUUCACAUGGGGAAAAUGAUAUUGGUUAGAGUCAGAAAUAUUGAUAAUACAUUUUUAUUUAUUGCCCAGCCUUUCAACAUCGGAUACGUUUUGUUAAAUGAUCAUCAAAUAAGAUCCGAGAUUUUUAUGGUGUAACUAGAGAAAUCUAGCCUAGUGAACUAGACCAAAUUCUUGUUUUGCAAAGUUUGGUCUAGGAACGCUCCACUGGAAACUCUGCAGCCCCUAACAGCAUUCUGGCUGGCCAAUCACAGCUCUCUAGAGGGGUUUCAAACACAUAAAGAGCUGUGAUUGGUCCAUAAUGGUGAGCCAAUCAUUGUGCUCUAUCUCCUUAGUGAACAAAUCACAGAGCUUUAUCCGCUUUGUGGGCCAAUCAGGGCACUCUAUAUGCCUGGUGGGUGGGAUGAUGCAACAGAGUGAAACAAGAGUAUGGCCGUGUUCGAGAUAAGCCAGUUCUGCGCAGAUUAGAUCACCGGUGAUCGGCGAGCAGUGCUUGCCGGUUAGAUUUGUGUCUGACUUGACAUCGACUUGCUCUGACGUCAUGCCUACAUAGGCAACGAUAACCUCGUGAGAUCAAGGCAGCCGCAGAUUUUGGAGCAAGGCGCUGCAGUUGCUCUCCACCGGCUGCAAAACCUAGGGCAUGACGGGAAACGCCUGGCUCUCACCUGAUCUAAGUUCUGAUUGGUUCACAUUUUGAUCCAAACAUCCGGUGGUUGAAUGCAAAAUGUUAGUUGGUCACGUGUAUUCUUUAAAUCAUGUAACGUUGAUGAUGACAACUAUAUGGGCCAUAAAGAGGAAUGUGGUUUGUGUUCUUUUGUCACGUUUCCUAUGAGCACACUGAACCUAACCUUUGCUUAUUAUUACAGGCAGGUCUCCAUAUACAAUAUAUGAUAUCCACAAGCAUGUGAGGAUGUGUUUCGGUUGCUAACAGGCGCCAGAAUUAAAAUAAAUAAUUACACAAGUAUGAACUCUAACGCGAUAUCUUCAUCCAUCGUCACCCGCGAGCUAGCCUACACAUGUAGGGAAAUCUGUCCGACUCAAAUGCCGGCUUUCAGCCGCUCCCCCUGCUGCUUCUGUCUGCUCUCGUCUGUUUUCCAGGCGAGGCGAAGCUCAACUCAAACACGGCCUUUGUCACAUUCAUUGUCCAGUAGCAUGCGGAGAUCAUUUGAAAGACAACGGUAGAACCCGCCCCACAACCGAGAGCCGUCAAUGGAGCGUUGCCAGACUAAAUAAUACAUUUAUUCAGUCUGGCUUGCCAGGCUAGGAGAAAUCUAGAUUUGGGUCAGAUUUAUCUGUUAGAGAUAAUUCAGUGUUUUAAAUUAGUUUUAUUUAAAAAGUUUUAUUUUAAACAUCCACAGUUUGAAGAAAGGGGGGUUCUAACUGUUGUUAGUUACCUUGUCAUUUUAAUUUCCUAGGACCCUGUAUCUUCAUUUAAAGGCAUAAAUGUGUUUGAAUGUUCAAGAUGUUUUAGUUUUAAUGUUAAGUUUUACCUUUUAAAAUUAUUCAUUAGAUUUAACCCUUGAGUUUUUUUAACCCUGCUCUUUCCACUGCAUUCACACAUGAAGCACUAUGACUUUCUGAUUGGAGGUUUUUUCCACUCCUCAGACUAGCUGUUAGCUCAUCAAUCCAAUCAGAAGAAAUAUAUUUUUCUCCUAAAUGAGGCUGUUCAAACAACAGUUAAGAUAACAUAACCUUUCCACAGAAUCCCAGUAAAAAAUAACUUGGGCUUUCACAAAAAUGCCUUCCUUAAUCUCUUUUUCUGAUUUGAUCACAUUGAUUAUACACAAAUUAAACUUAUGAGUGAAGCCAGUGAUUUCUGUUGUUUAAAGUAUGAUGUAUUUGUGUUCAUCUUGAAUAAAUGAAAAUGAGAAUAUUUGGAUUACAUUUAUAUGAAACCUACAAAACUAUAGUUCUACAAUGGAAUUUUUAGCUUUAGUCAAGUAUUACAAUAACAGUUGAGGAAACAUUUUUAUGUUUCUGAGCUUAUUUAUACAAACUAUUACAGCAUUUUUCCUUGAAUAACUUAUAGUUAAGCUAUAUUUUUCUAGUAAAUCCAUCUGUGCUUAUCAUACAUGGGGAUGUGUCUGAUGUUUUUUUUUGUCAGGCAUUUUAACCUAUAAAGUUUAUUUGAAAGUUAACAGCAGAUUUAAAUGAUAAAUCACCCAAAAGCAGAAAUGGAAGAGUCUGAUUUGUGUGCAUUGUAUGUUUGGUUUAACUAGUGAAACAUGUCAGCUGAACAUAAUGUUGAGGAAAUUCUGUAUGAUUCAAUAAACCAUGACUAAGCCUGA